CAGCGCUGGCCGCCCUCUGUCACUCUCUCUGGCUGGCCGGGGGAAGGGACCCGAACGUCAGGCUUUGUUGUGGAAAUCCCGGUUACCUGGCUAAUAACCCACCAUGGAUAACUUAUUGGACUUUGCCUGAAAGGAGUCAUUAUUGUCAUUGGAUAUUUGACCACCCUGGCUACAGGUUUUUUCAGAAUGAAUGGAAGGUCAUGCAGCAUGAAUCUCCACCGGGCAUCAGGAACCCCUCAGGGGCCUGGGAUGGUCAGUGGUCAGCACAUUCCUCCCAUCCGAGCCCACUCAGGGACUUCUGGCCCAUCAUCCUGUGGCAGCACACCGAGUCCUGCUAUUGGAAGCCUUGCUAACAGCCUCCAUCUCAAGAUGCCCUCAGGAGGAGGGAUGGCUCCUCCGAGCAACAUGACUGAGAGCCCCAUCCAUCUGCCUGCCUUGAGCCCCAGGAGACAAGUGCUCACCAAUGGGAAGCCACGAUUCCAAGUUACCCAGGCUGGAGACAUGUCAGGGACACACAAUUUAAAGCCAAAGCAGCAGGAGUUUGGAAGCCCUUUUCCUCCAAAUCCUGGGAAAGGGGCUCUUGGCUUUGGGCCUCAGUGCAAGUCCAUUGGAAAAGGCAGCUGCAACAAUCUAGUGGUCACCAGCAGUCCCAUGAUGGUUCAGCGACUGGGACCCAUUUCACCUCCAGCAAGCCAGGUCUCUACAGCAUGCAACCAGAUCAGUCCUAGCUUACAGAGGGCAAUGAAUGCAGCCAACCUGAAUAUACCUCCUUCAGAUACCAGGUCCCUUAUUUCGCGUGAAUCUUUGGCGUCCUCGACUUUGAGUCUGACUGAAAGUCAGUCGGCCUUGAGUGUGAAACAGGAAUGGUCUCACGGCUACAGGGCUCUUCCUUCGCUCUCCUCCAACCACGGCUCUCAGAAUGGAAUUGAUCUAGGGGACCUCCUUAGCCUUCCUCCUGGGACAGCGAUGUCCAGCAACAGUGUCUCUAAUUCAUUGCCAUCCUACCUUUUCGGGAUGGAAAACAGCCACUCUCCAUACCCUAGUACCCGGCACUCUUCGGCCAGGUCCCACUCAGCUCGUUCCAAGAAGAGAGCGCUGUCCUUGUCCCCGCUAUCCGAUGGCAUUGGGAUAGACUUCAAUACCAUCAUCCGCACCUCACCCACGUCCUUGGUCGCCUACAUCAAUGGGUCAAGGGCUUCCCCCGCCAACAUGUCCCCACAACCUGAAGUCUAUGGGCAUUUCCUAGGGGUGCGCGGCAGCUGUAUUCCCCAGUCGUGCUCGGUGCCAAGUAGCCAGAAGGGUGUGCGCGUGGCCAGCGGCGGCCUGGCUCUCCCCGCCUACGGCGAGGACGGCGCACCGGAGUACGAGCGCAUGCAGCAGCUGGAGCACGGCGGCCUCCAGCCCGGCCUGGUCAACAACAUGGUGGUGCAGCACGGCCUGCCGGACCCCGACAGCCAGCCGGCCAGCCUGCUGAAGACUGAGCGUUUGGAUGAUUUUCCGGGCGGUGCCCUGGACCUGCCCCCGGCCCCACCUCUGCCACCUCUGCCACCGCCCCCCCAAGGCCCCCCGCCCCCCUACCACGCCCACCCACAUCUGCAUCACCCAGAGCUGGCCCACCACGCCCAGCCGCUGGCCUUGCCUCAGGCCACCCUGGAGGAGGACGGGGAGGUGGAUGACGUAGGGGGCAAGCACUGCUGUCGCUGGAUCGACUGCAGCGCCUUGUAUGACCAGCAGGAGGAACUAGUGCGGCACAUAGAGAAGGUUCACAUAGACCAGCGCAAAGGGGAAGACUUCACGUGCUUCUGGGCCGGUUGUCCCCGAAGGUACAAGCCUUUCAAUGCCCGCUAUAAACUGCUGAUCCACAUGAGAGUCCACUCCGGGGAGAAGCCCAACAAGUGUUCGUUUGAAGGUUGCAAGAAGGCCUUUUCCAGGCUCGAAAAUCUCAAGAUUCAUUUGCGGAGCCACACAGGCGAGAAGCCGUAUUUGUGCCAGCAUCCGGGCUGUCAGAAGGCGUUCAGUAACUCCAGUGACCGCGCCAAGCACCAGAGGACACAUCUGGACACUAAACCUUACGCUUGUCAAAUUCCAGGAUGCACCAAACGCUACACAGACCCAAGUUCUCUAAGAAAGCAUGUGAAGGCACAUUCUUCUAAAGAUCAACAAGCAAGGAAAAAGCUGCGGUCCAGUGCAGAGCUCCAUCCUGACCUGCUCACGGAUUGCCUCACCGUGCAGCCCCUGCAGCCCGCCACUUCCCCACGAGACGCUGCCGAUAGGGCGGUGGGAUGCUCCCCAGGGCCCGGGCCUGACCUCUACCCAGCUUCCAUUUUCUCGGGCAAUCACUCAAGCCGAAGUGGAACAGCUGCUGGGGCCGUGCCACCCCCACAUCCUGUCAGUCACCCUUCUCCGGGACAUAACGUACAGGGGAGCCCCCACAACCCCUCCUCCCAGUUACCUCCACUCGCAGCUGUGGACGCAGGAGCUGAGAGGUUUGCACCUUCUGCUCCAUCUCCUCACCACAUCAGCCCCCGGAGGGUUCCAGCUCCUUCAAUAAUGCAAAGAACACAGCCUCCUCAUACCCAGCAGCCCUCAGGAUCACACCUGAAGUCUUACCAGCCAGAAACAAACUCUUCUUUUCAACCAAAUGGAAUCCAUGUCCAUGGAUUUUAUGGGCAGCUGCAGACACUCUGCCCCCCGCACUACCCUGACUCUCAGAGAACCGUGCCACCAAGCAGCUCCUGCAAUGUGGGGCCUUCCUUCGAGGACUGCCUGCUCCCCGCGUCCAUGGGCCAGGCUGGCUUUGACGUUUUCCACAGAGCCUUCUCGGCUCACUCGGGCAUUACAGUGUAUGAUUUGCCUUCCGGUUCCUCAAGCCUCUUUGGGGAGCCUCUUCGCAGCGGGCCUGAAGACGCUACGUUCCUGCAGAUCAGUGCUGUGGACCGCUGUCCUAGCCAGCUCUCCUCUGUCUAUACUGAAGGCUAAAAGCCCCCCCAGCCUCCAGUACCACCGGCAUCCAGAAUCUUCUGUUCCUUGCCACCUUUUGUUCUCAUGCUUUCACAGACUACAAGAAAAGGAUGUCGAGCAAAUCAACAGAACCUACCAAGUCACAGGUGUGUCUUUGGAAGGCAGGGCUAGAUGGUCAGAGCUGGGCUUUGCAGGCAUGUUUGCAGCUGCUCCUUUUUCUCUCUGUGUUUGCCAGUAACCGGCAGGACUCUUUUCAAAGGGAAUUCAGAGUCUCACUCUACCGGAUACGUGUUACUUCCUGCCUGUCAACCCUCAAAGGAUACCAAGGAAAUGAUGUGCAGGUGAAAAUGUAGUUCGGGGAUCACCCUGGCUGAAAACUCCAAAUAGGGAAGAACAGCCCAAAUUGCCAGCAGCACAGUGAACCGCGGGGCCCAGCGCUCGUCCUCUCCUCGCUGCCGGCUGACACCAAGCCAGGCACAGCCAGGGAAAUCCACAUUCCGAGCCCAGAGCGCGGUGGGGGCUCAGCUCCUAGAGGGGCCCCGGGCUUCCCAGCCCCGGCCUGGUGUGCCAGUGAGCUGGCUGCCUCUCUCCCCUGAGAUAUUCCCAGGCUAACCAGUUGCUUUUCAGUGUUUCUCCAAAAGCAAGAUAAGAAGGUCUGUCAAGCACAGUCCUUUGAAAAGCACUACAGCUUGUUUUAUAUUCCUGCAACCUACCUUAGUUCUUUCAUUUUAAAGACUUCAUACCUACUUUAAAAGGUUAAAAACAAUAUUUAGAGGUCUGUUCUUUGGAUGGAGAUAAUUAUUUUCAUCACCCCAACUCCGUACAUUCGGCCUCCACUUGGCCCUGCCUCGCAGCACCUGUGAGCACCUGGAAUGUUAGUUUUGCAUUCAACCAAGGCCACCUGAGGGAGAUGAGGGGGCACCCCUUUCCCAGUGCUGCCACAGAGACCCUCGUGGGCUGACUGCUCUGCUCCGUGACUCGACCUUGAAGACCUUGCUCAAAAGAAAAGGUCCACCCGUCGCCUCUGCUCCGGUGCUGUGACGAGAGACCAGCUAGAAGCUGAGAGCAGGCAGCAUGGAGGUGUGCUCCUGGUUCUCCCAGAAAACCGAACCAGAAGUGCCCGACACACAGCUGUUUCCUACAGCCUCUGCUUCCUCCGCCAGGACCUCCCCUCUGUCUGUCUGUGUGUCUGUCUCUCCCUUCCCCAUUGUGCAUCGCUCUCACCCUCUUCUUGACUGUGCUUCAGGCACUCCCACCAUCCACCAUUGCCUGAACACCAGCUCUGAGCAAGGUCUGGCCCAAGGCAGGUAGAGGGGCAGCUCUGGAAAGGUGGCCAGAAGGAAACAACCUUUUUUUACUGAAACUCUGUUUUUGAGGGCCUGGAAUUUUCACAGAGCUCUUAGCCAUUUGAUAUCAAACCUAAACAGGAAGCCAUUUUCCAAGCUGUUAAAAACACCUUUACCAAGCUGUUAAAAAGAUCCGGAGUCCUAUAGCAGAGACUAUAAAAAUAAGCCAAACUCCAAAGACCCCCAGUAAAUUGUGACAUUCCAGUGCUCUCACGUCUCAUGAUUUCUUUUCUCUCUCUUUAAAAAUGUUAUCUGAAGAAAAAUGAAACAAUGCUAUUUGUCAAACCGAGAUAAUUACAACCUUCAACAAGACAAUUAAACAGCUUGGUGUCAGACUUGGGAUCCAGUGACAGUUUGUAUCCUGACAGGCGGGUCCUUCCAGUCUGGCUGCACAGGAGGUGGUGUUCUGCCUGAUUCCGGACUUCACUCUGACGUGCGGUAGAAUAAGGCACAUAAAGAACCAAGCACGGGGUCUGUCUUUACGUGCACUCAGCACACGCAGUCAGUCUAGUUUCUCUGGCUAGUGGGCUCCCAUCUGAGAAGAGCCAUGACACAGAUGUCCAUGUCUGCAAAAGAGACGAGUUAUUCACUUUACAAAAAUCUUUUCUGCUUUACAAAAGGACGCACGUCAGACUUUCUUUCCAAAUGAGCUCUCAGACUGCACACAAAGUCCCACCCUUCUGGCAGGGUUCGUGGGUUGUGUCCCUUGGCCUCAAAAGGGACCCAUGUCCUUUGUCACACCCUCAGAGAAGGGAAAGCUCUGAUAUCUUAGAGAGACAAUCUAUCCAUUCAAUACUGAAUCCUCUGUGGGGAACUCAAAACAUAUUUGUGUGAUGAGGAGGAAGAAGAUGGAAAGAUGGUUGCUACUGCAGCUGACGUCAGCCUGCCCAUGGCUUUUUGCUAUAACUUAAGGUGGAAACAGGGAAGGAGGACAAAGCCAGAAGCUGAACCUCAGAAACUUUGGCUGAAGGAGACGCUCCUGCAUGUCUCUAGGCCUGCAUUUGGCCUCACUGAGGAGGGAAGGAGCCAAGGGGCACCUGGCAGCAGCCGCUACAGGGCCUCCUUCCCCAGCAGGGACUGGCCCUGCCCCUGAGGGGCAUUCCUUUUAGCAGAGGGAGGGCUCAGUGCAGCCUGCAAAGCCUCUCACUCCCCACCCCACCCCCCACACCGUGUUUCCCCACAGCUGCAGGUUUGAGCUUAGGGCCCAAGACAUGAAACCUCCAGGCUCCUUCAAGACUAUACACUCUGGCCUGAGAUUCCAGGAUCUCGCCUGACCUUAAAAUUUGUCCCUUGCUUGCUUUCCCAUUGCACAUGAUUUAUAUACGCUUUCAUCAUUAUGUUUGUAGUAGUAAAAGUGGAAACUUCAGAAAAUUAUUCUCUUCCAUUUCCUGGCCUUUUUACUCUUGAUGUGUAACCAUUUUCAUAAACAUCCGAACUGAGACUGUCAUUCCCCCUUUUUAAAAAACUCGUGCUUGUGAAAAUACACACAGCCCGAAGCCAAUUAUCCUAUUACAUUAAAAAAAAAAAAUCAGUAUGCCUAGAGACAUUUCAUUUGCUGCAUUGUCUUAAUUCCCUAAAGGGACUGCAUCAAAAUGUAAGUUGUAAUUUAGCCUCUGAUCAGCUGUUAAAUAUUAUUUAAAUAUUUACUAGUCCUAUGGGGCAUCUCCCUUUACCCGUGUCUCCCCCAAAUUAUCUAGGUGAUUCUAAAAUGAACAGAAGGUCUUCAGUAGAUCACAGCAAAGUUUCCACUGAUGAAACAGAGCUUUGGUGUUGUUCUGUUGUUUUAACAUUAGCAGUUGUCAAGCACAUUAGCACCCUAGGACAGAGGUGAAUGUUCAACCCCUAUCCAACAACCUUGCUUCCCAGUUGCCUUGACGUAUUGGAAAUAGUGAUUGUAAAUGUCCAAUUUAAUUAUCUGGUAUUUUAUUUGACUGUUUUGACCAUGUUUUAUAGCAGCAUUUUUAAUGGCACAUUUUGUUGGUGGUGUGGAAUUUCUGUGGUUACAUUUUUUUUUUUUUUUGUCAUGAGCAAAGCAAAAAAAGAAAAAACAAAAACACUCAAUGGACAAAUGGUGAGUGUAAAAAAGAAGAGAUUUAUUUUGUACAGACAGCAGAGCAUCCUGUGUAAUGUUGCUGACAUAAAGCACUUUGGGGGAAAAAAGUGGAAAUCUGUUUUCCAUAAAUCACAGACUCUUGUACAUAGUUAUACACACUCACGUAGAGAAAUGAACUGCAUAUAUCAUACUGGAUAUGGGGCUGAUUUUACUCUAGGGGCACAUCUGGUGCUUAUUGUCAUAAAUCUUUUAAAGAAUUAGGUACACUUUUUUUCUAUUAAUAUGUAUAGUUUUGUGAUUUGUCACAGUUAUGUUUCAUAUAAUCAUAAGUUAUUUUGCCUUGUUUCAUGAAGUCCUUUUUAUAUGUCAAAAGUAAAAUGAAGGGAUUGUGCACUUGGUACAUAAUAAAACUGGAAAUAGAGGGUGCACCCACCUGCCUGAACUCCUUCAGUGUGUCGUUUUAAAACCCAAUGGCAACAACCAUUUUUUGUUUGUUUGUUUCAUUAUUUUGUUUAGUUUCACCAUCAGCCUCCCUCGUACUAGGAUGGUAAUUAUAAUUAAAAGCAGAUGGGGGUUGGGGAGGGCGUGGCCAAGGCCAGCUUUAAAAUGCCGCGUUGCUUUGGGCCAGAGCUGCAGCCUGGAUUUAAUUAUAGAUAUGAGGAUGAAAUGGCAGUAAAAAUGCAUGUGUCCCUGAAUCCUUUACAUGUUGGGAGUGUCCAUAAAUAAAACAUGAAGUUUUAUUUCAUCAGAUUUAAUUAAAGCUUUUAUACAUGUUU